AUGCUUCCAUGCAAGGCACGAGCAGCUAAAACGUUUUUAAGGAAGUAUCGAUUCUGCUUGUUUCUGGAUGUCCUUAAGACCUCAAGAAGUACGCAAAUAGACACACAUGUUGGUGUGGGUGAACGAGACGUGAUCCGUUUUGAAGCUGGACAUAUAGCCCGGUUAGCCGAUGGUGCUGCUGUUGUUUCGCAGGGCGAUACUUCAGUACUGGCUACUGUGGUCGGAAGACAAAGCUCAACUAAUGAUACAGCUGAUUUUAUGCCUCUGACGGUCGAUUUUCAACAGAGCGCCUCGGCUGUUGGUCGUAUUCCCACAAAUUAUUUGCGAAGGGAGUUGCAACGAAAUGAUGCUGAUAUUCUGGCGUCCAGGAUGAUUGAUCGAUCAGUCAGACCGUUGUUUCCAAAAAAUUAUUCGGGUGAAACUCAGAUAAUAUGUAAACCUCUUGCUGUGGACGAUGAUGGAGAUCCGGUAAUUCUGGGGCUUAAUGCAGCCUCGGCAGCACUAACUUUAUCAGAUGUGCCGUGGGAAGGGCCACUAGGAGCUGUAAGAGUAGCUCUUAUUAAUAACGAGAUUGUUAUUAACCCAAGUCGAAAAGACAUGAAAAACUCUUCAUUAGAUCUAGUUAUUGCUGGCUGCGACGAUGGGAAGCGAAUAUUAAUGAUUGAUAUGGAUGGCAGCGAAAUUGGAGCAAGAAAAUUUUCUGAGUGUGUCAGAACUGGUCUCCAAAGCAUUUCGCACUUAAUUCAAGCCAUUAAUAAAAUGAGGGGUUCGUGCGGUCGUCAAAAGCGACAGAAUGUUGAUGAAGAAGUUAAUAUCGAUAUGAUAGCAUUAACGGAGGAAAUGCAGAUCUUAUAUGGCGAUCAGUUAUAUCACAUUUUAACGGAUACAAAACAUGAUAAACUCUCACGAGAUCAAGCUAUUUCUGCACUUAGUGAUCAAAUGCUUGAAACGCUGAAAGAAAAGAGCUCUUCGCAUAAGCUUCGUCAUACCUUUAAGAAUCUCAUCAAAAAAUCAUUGAGGGAAGCGUUUUUCAAAAGUGGAAGACGAUGCGAUGGACGAAAAUUUGAUGAACUUCGUCCAGUGGAUAUUACAAUGGAUGUUCAUAAAAAAUUGCACGGCUCGGCAUUGUUCCAGCGCGGCCAGACCCAGGUGUUUGGUACCGUGACAUUUGAUGCUCCAUCGGCUGCAUUUCAGCCAGAUGCGCUGUCACAAUUACUUGGCGCGCAGCAGAAAAAAAUGUUUAUGUUGCACUAUCAGUUUCCGUCGUUUGCUGCUACUUCUAUUUCUUCCUCUGCACGAACCUCACGUAGAGAGCUAGGACAUGGCGCUUUAGCCGAGAAAGCUCUAAAGAAUCUUAUUCCAGAAGACUUCCCUUAUUGCUUAAGGCUUGCCUGUGAUGUCCUUGAAUCAAAUGGUUCAUCUUCGAUGGCAUCAGUUUGUGCUGGUUCUUUGGCGCUUCUUGAUGCGGGAGUACAGAUAAAGGAGCCCGCUGCUGGUAUAGCUAUAGGUUUGAUUAUUGAUGAAGAACGAAGUGAUUAUUGUAUUCUGACGGACAUCAAUGGUCUGGAAGACUUUGCUGGAGAUAUGGAUUUCAAGGUAGCAGGAACAAUGCACGGUUAUACAGCGAUGCAGCUGGAUUUGAAAGUUCCAGGCAUAAAGCUAGAAAUAGUUAUGGAAUCUUUAGAACGAGCAAGAAAUGGACUGGAACAUCUUUUGCAGCUAAUGAGUAAGGCGCAGCCUCGAUGGCGAAAUCAUUUUAAAAGUACGGUUCCGGUUCAUGAGACGAUGCCUGUUGCAAUCUACAAACGCCACAUUAUAUUUCGUAGUGGAGGCUAUAAUGCUAAGCUGAUCGAAUCGGAAACCGGUGCUAAGAUAAGCGUAGAGGAUGAUACAAACAUAUCUAUCUUCGCACCUAACAAAGUGAAGCUGGAAGAAGCGAAAAUGAUGCUGAACAAAAUAUUUGAGAAUGAAAGCGAAAUAGAACUGGUAUUUGGUGCGAUGUACAAGGCAGAAAUAACAGAUAUAUUGGAGCAUGGCGUACUGGUAACACUUCACAGAAGCAUGAAACCCAUUUUAUUGAAAAAUAGUAAUUUGGAUACGAGGAACGUAGCACAUGCCAAGGUACUUGGUUUCAAGAUUGGUCAAAAAAUAAUCGUUCAGUAUCUAGGACGAGAUCCAAACACUGGGUACCAUAGGAUAUCACGGAAAACGUUGCAAUCUGCUUCUUUACCUGUUCAAAAUGUGCACCACGAUACUUAG